GGCGAUGGGAAAACGAAAGAGACCUGCAUCUGAUUCCAUUCUGGAAGCACCCCACUCCAAUCCACUCUACAUGUCCCACGCUCAGACCCGGGUCCCUCACCGCCGUCUCUCGCGCUCCGGUAACCGCCUCCACCUCCGCACCUGACCCCUCCGCCUCCGCCUCCUUGAAAAUUCCUUUUGCUGCUCCAACCUGCGAAGCUAGUUCACUGUACUCUUGCUUGCUUAUAACGUAGCGUGCGGUGGACGGGGUUUGCCAGCGACUUCAAGAAAGGCUGCUACGUUUUGCCAUCAUAAGGGUCGUUAGGAGAUGGUAGAAUUGAGGCUUCCUAUGUUCAGUAUACAAUAAUACGGCCCUGUUGUUUCCAUGAACGCUUGCUACCUCGUCCAGAAGUCCCUGGAACAGUAGUUUGGACCUUUGAAUCCAGUUCCUCAAUAGAUUGCCCCAUGUUUGAAGAGAUGAGUCAUAUUCAGUAAUCAGUAUUCAGUACCCACUAAAUUUUCCAACGAGUUUAAAUAUCUUUUAUCCAUUCACAGGUAGAUAUAAUUUGAUGGGAAGAUGAAUGGUGCAGAGGAGGAGGAGCCGCCUCACGUCAGCAGCAUGCCCAAGACACAAGACGGUGUUACCAAGCCCAGUCUAGGGAAAGAGCCCAUCCCAGGGAGCGAGCUCUGGACGGAUGGGCUCAUCUGUGCUUUUGAGCUGGUCAAGAGUCACAGGAAGCCUGUUCAGCACAAAUCAUGGCUGGCAACUGAGCAGAUACAGGAGAAGGGCCCCACUAUGUGCACGAGGAAGCACUCAAGAAGGAAUGGGCACCAGAUCACUGAGCCGAAAGUGGAUGAGAGCAUUGUGUUGGAAAACCCCCAGCAGACUGAUUUCAGUAACGAUCCUUCAGUGCUCAAAGAUAGGCCAUUGUAUGCUGGGGAGAUUUUGGAUCAUAAAUGGGUGCCUAUUGGAUGGAAUAGGAUCGCCGAGCUGGUCCUGAGGGUUCAGUCAGACUCCAGCUGGGAGAAUGAGUUGAUGGAGAUGAGUGAUAGCGAGGAUGAUUACACCGUGGCUGAUCUUGCAGCUCCAUACUGGCAGCGCCCUGUGGGACCUACUUGGUGGUGUCAUGUCACCGCAGGCCAUCCUUCAAUAGAUGCAUGGUUGAAUAGCGCUCACUGGAUGCAUCCUGCCAUCAGAAUUGCACUGAGAGAUGAGAGCAAACUGAUAAGCGACCGGAUGAAGUACCUGCUCUACGAGGUCCCAGUUAGAGUUGCAGGAGGGCUGUUAUUUGAGCUUCUUGGCCAGUCAAUAGGAGACCCAAAUCAUGAAGAGGAAGAUAUACCUAUUGUGCUUAGGUCUUGGCAAGCACAAAAUUUUCUUGUUACAACAAUGCAUGUCAAAGGCCCUUCAUCCAAUAUAAAUGUGUUAGGAGUGACUGAAGUGCAGGAGUUGCUUCUUGCUGGUGGAAGCCAAACACCUAGAUCAGUGCAUGAAGUAAUUGCACAUUUGGUCAGCCGUCUUUCACGUUGGGAUGACAGAUUAUUCCGGAAAUAUGUAUUUGGGGAAGCAGAUGAAAUUGAAUUGAAAUUUGUGAAUAGGAGAAAUCAUGAAGAUCUUAAUCUUGUUAGCAUCAUACUGAAUCAGGAAAUCAGAAGGUUAGCAACACAGGUAAUCAGGGUUAAAUGGUCACUUCAUGCAAGGGAAGAGAUAUUAAUUGAGCUUCUCAGACAUUUGAGGGGUAAUGCCACAAGAGCUAUUCUAGAGAGUAUUAGAAAGUGUACGAGGGACAUGUUGGAAGAGCAGGAAGCUGUGCGCGGGCGCUUGUUCACUAUUCAGGAUGUUAUGCAGAGCACUGUCCGUGCAUGGCUACAAGAUAGAAGCCUCAGAGUUACACAUAAUCUGGCAAUUUUUGGCGGCGGUGGCAUGGUUUUAUCCAUAAUCACUGGCCUUUUCGGAAUCAACGUCGAUGGCAUACCUGGAGCGCAGAACACCCCCUACGCUUUUGGUUUGUUCGCGGGACUUCUCUUCUUUGUAGGGAUCGUCCUAAUCGGCAUGGGGAUGCUGUAUCUUGGGUUACAGAAUCCAGUUAACAGUGAGAAGGUGAAGGUGAGGAAGCUGGAGCUCCAGCACCUGGUUUCGAUGUUCCAGCACGAAGCGGAGCAGCAUGGCAAGGUCAGGGAAGGUGUUAGCCGGCAUGGCGCCUCGCCGAGUUCAUCCACGGCCUCUGAUGAAGGGUACAUUCUUAUCUCCUGAGAUGGGAGAUUUAUUUGCUGACGUGCAAGGUCUUGUUUUGAAAGGCUGGAACUGAAGAGAAGUCGGGUAAAUGGUAUACUUACACGUGUCUUAAGAAUUGUAAUUGGGGGAUUUGACAUCGAAACGUUGGAUAUGAUAAUUGUAGCAGCAGAUUGGCUUUCCUCUGUUGCUUGAGA